AUGUUGACGCGACUUUUCAGCGAGCCCAGCCUGGUCCCCGAAGUCCCGAAAUUCCCCGGUUGGGCCGAGGAGUGCGAGGAGGAUGCCCGGAGCGAGAAGGAGGAGCGGGCGGGGAAGGGCUGCGCCCUCCCCGAGGACCCGAGGACGAAGGCGCGGCUGGAGCGGUCCAAGCUGCGGCGGCAGAAGGCGAACGCCCGGGAGAGGAACCGGAUGCACGACCUGAACGCGGCCCUGGACAACCUGCGCAAAGUGGUUCCCUGCUACUCCAAAACCCAAAAACUCUCCAAAAUCGAGACCCUCCGCUUGGCCAAGAACUACAUCUGGGCUCUCUCCGAGAUCCUGCGCUCGGGCAAGCGGCCCGACCUGGUCUCCUACGUGCAGACUCUGUGCAAGGGCCUGUCCCAGCCCACCACCAACCUGGUGGCCGGCUGCCUCCAGCUCAACUCCCGCAACUUCCUGACGGAGCAGGGCCAGGAGGGGGGUCGGUUCCACGGCCCCAACGCCGCCUCCUUCGCCGUGCACCCCUACCCCUCCCCCCCCCCCCCCCCCCCCCCCCCCCCCCCCCCCCCCGCCGCCGGCCCCGGGCCGCACGGGCUGAGGACACACGGCUACUGCGCCUCCGCCUACGAGAGCCUCUACGGCAACACCUCCCCCGACUACAACAGCUCGGAGUACGACGGGGGGCUCAGCCCCCCGCUCUGCAUCAACGGCAACUUCUCCCUCAAGCAGGACUCUUCAUCCCCCGACCACGAGAAAAGCUACCACUACUCUAUGCACUACUCGGCGCUGCCCGGCCCCCGCCCCGCCGCUCACAACCUGGUCUUCGGGUCGGCGGGGAUGCGCGGGGGGGUUCACUCCGAGAACAUCUUCCCCUACGACAUGCACCUCCCGCACGAGAGGGGCCCCAUGUACGAGGAGCUCAACGCCUUCUUCCACAACUGAUCCCCCUCCCCGACACCCCCUCCCCA